CACUGUCACCUUUCUUUUUUUUCUUUUUUUUUUUUUUUCGCUCAGUUUUGUUUGCUGAUUUAGCCAUUGCUGGCUGUCGACAUCGUCCUCUCCUUAACGUCGGUCAUCUCUCUGGUCUCCGUUCAUGGCUUCUUUGUCUCAACGUUCAGUGAAGAACUAUUUUACGAAAGUACCGAAAUCAAGUGUAGCUUCUUCUAGUCAACCUAACCGGGAAGCAAAUGCCAACCAUUCAGAAGUACCAUUACCUUCUUCUCAAGAAUUUGAUUUGAGUACUUUAAAUUAUGAUCCGGGUGAAAGAACCCCAAUCUUGGACUAUCAUCCAAAUCAUCGUGAUGUUAUUAGAAGAGCAUACCUUAUUAAUGGUCCUUGUCAACCUCGGUUGCUUCAGCAUGAGUAUCCUCAAACGAAUAUUUCUGGAUCAAUGCGCCGUUUUAAUUCUGAAUGGUUUGAUGAUGUAUAUCAUGAUUGGUUGGAGUAUAGUGUUAGUAAAGAUGCAGUCUAUUGUUUGUAUUGUUAUCUAUUUAAAGGCUACAACACCAAUCAAGGUGGGGGUGAAAUAUUUUCAACUGUUGGGUUUAAGAGUUGGCAGAAAAAGAAGAAUCUUGGAAAACAUAUUGGUCUACCGAACAGCCCACAUAACCAAAAAAGAAAUGUCAAGAUUUAUUGCGGGUACAACAGUCAAUUCAUUUUGCACUUGAGAUGCAAUUUAGUCAAUUUAAGCAUGCGUAUUUGGUCCGCUUAAGUGCUUCCGUUGAUG